AUGAACNUGUCUCCCCUAUCUUCCAGCGCAGAAGCGGGCUCAAGUCUCCCCUUGCUCUUUAUCCAUUAUUCAAUCCUCUUUUGGGUAUCCAUUAUUUAUCUCGCUUUGGGUGGUUUGCUGUCACAGACUCACGAAUGCGUCUCCUUCUGUUUCCAGGCGGUGAUUCAGAACCCUUUCAGUAAUGGUGGGAGUCCAGCCACGGAUGCUGUCAGCGGCGAAGCCCGGUUUGCAUACUUCCCUGCCUCCACAGUGGGGGAUGCCACGGCAGUUUCCGUACAGACGACCGAUCAGUCGCUGACACAAGCUGGAGGUCAGUUCUACGUGAUGAUGACGCCCCAAGACGUGUUGCAGACCGGGACGCAACGUACCUUAGCUCCCCGCACCCACCCCUAUUCCCCGAAAAUGGACGGGCCGCGGACGCCACGAGAUGAGAGGCGAAGAGCUCAGCACAAUGAAG